AUGAUACGACGUCCAAGACGCCCACCAAUGGGACCCAUGGGUCCACCAGGACUUGGCCCACUCCACCCACGUGUCCCACCACCCCUUCAUCUAGGCCCACCUCGAGGUCCACCAGGCAUGGGGAUGCCUCCCUUGCCAGUGAUUCCACCACCCAUGCCUGUCCCCAUGGUCAGCAGUUGCACCAAUUCCAACGACCCAACAUCCAAGGACUCCCGCUUGUUUGUGGGCAACCUCAACACGCUGCUCCUCACCAAGGAGGAUGUGGAAAGAAUCUUUGCUCCCUAUGGUUUUAUUUAUGGAAUAUCCAUGCAUAAAGGUUAUGCAUUUGUUCAGUUCAGCCAUCCGGAUGAAGCAAGACGUGCUGGGGCAAGCGAGGAUGGGCAGAUGUAUGCUGGUCAGGCCGUGGAUAUCAAUAUAGUGUCUCAGCCAAAAAACAGAAAGGCGCUGAAGCGCUCGGCAGUCACCACAGCGGUAAAAGAAGCUCCGGUGAAGAAGACUCGCAGUGGUGAGACUCCCGUGACAAACCAGUCGCUGCAGAGAACAUUGGUGACACUCAUCGAGAGCACUGAGAAGGUGGCAAAAUCGGCAUAUGAAAAUAAACUCAUAUUUUACCCACAGGUGUCAGAAAAAUCUGCCACAGGAGCACAGCCUUCAGCUGGAGAUGCUAAAAAAUCUGGUGCCAAAUCUAAUGUACCAGUGUCAAAGCCUGCAGCGGUCAAAACUAAUUGGCCUGAUGUGCUGAUCUGUGGCGUUUGUAAGAUGCAGUUUACCAGCCUGCACAGUCUUGCUCAACACAAGAAGGUUCCUUGCCAGCUGCACGUCAGCACUCAGGCCAAAGAUGAAUCCAGUGAGGGGGACAGCGGAGAGCCGACCAGCCUCCAGUGUGCUAUCUGUGAGGCUGAAUUCAACAGUGCAUGGGCUCUGUGUGUGCACUGCACCCAGGAACAUGACAUGGCCAUCUACAAAGUGGAG